CAUUCGGCUGGGCGACGUCGUUGUUAGUUCUCCUGGCUAUGGGAAUGGUGGAGUUUUUCAAUAUGAUUACGGGAAAACUAUGCAAGAUGCGAGCUUUGCUGUCACUGGACAGUUAAACCAGCCGCCUCAGUGCUUGUUGACGGCAAUGUCUUCCCUCAAAGCUCAGUAUAAGCGUCGUGGUCAUAAUAUCGCAAAGGUUAUUAACGACGUUCUUGAUGACAACCCGAGGCUGCGAAAAGAAUACCGAAGGCCGGAGUCCGACACAGACAGACUGUAUAGCUCAUGUUUCAAACACAACGAGAACGAUGAUAUCGAUUGUGUGACUGCAUGCGACGACGCCUCGAAGUUAGUCGAUCGAGUAGAGCGAACCGAAGAACAAGACGACCCCAUGAUCCAUUUCGGUCUCAUAGCGUCCGCCAACCAGCUGAUGAAGGAUGCAACUAUACGAGAUAGGCUCUCGGCUGAAAGGGACGUGUUAUGUUUCGAGAUGGAGGCUGCCGGGCUGAUGAACCAUUUUCCUUGUCUUGUGAUCCGUGGUAUCUGCGACUACUCAGAUACGCACAAGAACAUAAAGUGGCAAGGGUAUGCGGCGAUGACCGCUGCCACGUACGCAAAAAACCUACUUUACAAGGUGGCGCCGAACAAGGUGGAAGCCGAAAGGAAGCUGGUCGACGUCCUUUCAGAUGGUGUGUAGAUCAGAGCUCUAUAGUGCAUCUUACAUCACGAAAACCUCUUUUCACGUAUUGCGCUAAUAGUCGAAUAGUUGACAUUAAAAUAAAUCAUGUGUCACGUCAAGUUGACAAUACGAAUUCUAAAGUCGAGAAUUUGCAAACAAACAAACAUUUCGAUGACAUUACGAAAUGGCUCGCACCCCCUGAUGUCUCUACCAAUUUUAACAAAGCCAUUAAGGCUCGUCACAAAGGCUCAGGCCGGCGGCUAUUAGAAAGUGAAGCAUAUCUGAAGUGGGAAACCGGGCAAAGCUCCUUUCUUUGGCUAUAUGGCAUUCCUGGAUGCGGUAAAACAAUUCUAACAUCCACAGUCAUUGAGGAUCUUCAAAAGAACCAAGAUCUGACGCGAACUCUGCUUUAUUUCUAUUUUGACUUCACUGAUACCCGAAAGCAGUCUUUUGAGAAUGUUAUCCGCUCUCUUAUCAUUCAGAUGUACUAUCGAAACAAAGAUGCCCAAAAGCACUUGAAUUCGCUCUAUUCAACGUGUCGAGACGGAAAGGACCAGCCGAGCUUUGAUUCUCUACAAAAGGCGUUUACUAACAUGAUCCAUGAACUUAGGGAAGUAUGGAUCGUGCUCGACGCACUCGAUGAAUGCACCCCACGGAUCGAGUUGCUGUCCUGGACGCAAGAUCUUGCGCAAAACUACCAACCCCUGUCUAAUGUGCACAUCCUUAUUACUAGUCGACCCGAACAAGACAUCAAGUCAGCCAUCGAACGCCACGCUGAUAACGAACAGAUGAUCGCUAUACGAGACGACUUGCUAGAAGCGGAUAUACGCAAUUACGUGCAAGCAAGAGUUAGAGAACAUGAGGGUUUGAAGCGCUGGCAGGGACGAUCGGAUAUCCAAGAUAGGAUCGAGGCUAGUCUGCUGGACAAAGCCGAUGGAAUGUUUCGAUGGGUUUCAUGCCAGCUUGACGCGUUGGAAGAGUGCUUAGAACAAAGAUCCCUACUGAAAGCACUUGAAGAUCUACCGAGAACACUGGACGAGACAUAUGAACGGAUUUUAGCUAACAUACCUUCUGCGCAUAAGCACUAUACGAUACGUAUCUUGCAGUUCUUAACAUAUUCUGAAAAGCCCUUGCGGCUUGACGAGGCAGUUGAUGCUAUUGCCGUCGACAUAGGAGAGGACGCAACGAUAAGGUCUCGUUUUGACCCGCAAUACAGGUUGCCGGUACCGCAAGAAAUCACAAGAUACUGCUCGAGUCUAGUCAUCCUCGUUGAAAAAGAGGGCAAAUAUAACGAAGAAAGAAUAGUGGAAGAAGUCCAAUUAGCACACUUCUCAGUAAAAGACUACCUUACUUCUAACCGUUUGGAAAAAGAGACUGCCCAGCAUCUGGAACAGAAAGUGGCUCGUACUUCUAUGGCAAUAGUCUGCCUAUCGUAUCUUCUCGAGCCCAAACCGGAAACGGACACCAUCGGGCUUUUCCCUUUUUCUCGUUAUUCAGCGCGGUAUUGGAUGGGUCAUGCUGCUGUCGGGGAUUGUAAUCACCAGCAAAUGGCUGCGCUAGCAACAUACAUAUUGUCGAAUGCUAGUAAACUUAAGAGCUGGUGCCGACUUUACGACCCAGACCGGCCGUGGGCGGAUUGGCCGGAAAACAUCAGUCAGGGUAAUCAUAUAGCGCCUGGUCUAUACUACGCCUCACUUGGUGGGCUAUCACAUUGUGUGAAAUCAAUGGUGGCUGAUAAGACUGAUGUCAAUGCUCAAGGCGGCCACUAUGGCAACGCGCUACAGGCUGCUUCGUUGUCUGGACACAAAGAGAUUGUGCAGUUGUUGAUGGAUGCCAAGGCUGAUGUCAAUGCUCAGGGCGGCCAUUAUGGCAACGCGCUACAGGCUGCUUCAUCUAAAGGACACAAAGAGGUCGUACAGAUAUUGAUCGAUGCCGAGGCCGAAGUUAAUGCUCAGGGCGGCGAGUAUGGCAACGUGCUACAGGCUGCUUCAUCUAAAGGACACAAAGAGGUCGUACAGAUGUUGAUCGAUGCCGAGGCCGAAGUUAAUGCUCAGGGCGGCCUCUAUGGCAACGCGCUACAGGCUGCUUCGUCUGGAGGACACAAAGAGGUCGUACAGAUAUUGAUCGAUACCGAGGCCGAAGUUAAUGCUCAGGGCGGCUACUAUGGCAACGCGCUACAGGAUGCUUCAUCAAAAGGACACAGAGAGAUCGUAAAGAUGUUGAUCGAUGCCGAGGCCGAAGUUAAUGCUCAGGGCGGCGAGUAUGGCAACGCGCUACAGGCUGCUUCAUUUGAAGGACACAAAGAGAUCGUACAGAUGUUGAUCGAUACCAAGGCCGAAGUCAAUGCUCAGGGCGGCCACUAUGGCAACGCGCUAUAUGCUGCUUCGUGGCAAGGACACAAAGAGAUCGUACAGAUGUUGACCGAUGCCAAGGCCGAAGUCAAUGCUCAGGGCGGCCACUAUGGCAACGCGCUACAGGCUGCUUCAUCUGAAGGACACAAAGAGGUCGUACAGAUGUUGAUCGAUACCGAGGCCGAAGUUAAUGCUCAGGGCGGCCUCUAUGGCAACGCGCUACAGGCUGCUUCGUCUGGAGGACACAAAGAGGUCGUACAGAUAUUGAUCGAUGCCGAGGCCGAAGUUAAUGCUCAGGGCGGCCACUAUGGCAACGCGCUAUAUGCUGCUUCAUCAAAAGGACACAAAGAGAUCGUACAGAUGUUGAUAGAUGCUGAGGCUGAUGUCAAUGCUCAGGGCGGCGAGUAUGGCAACGCGCUACAGGCUGCUUAGUCUCAAGGACACAAACAGAUUGUUAAGCUGCUUCUUGGGAAAGUGGCCGAGCUGAGUGUCAUUAAUAAGGAUGGAGACACGCCACUUCAUGAUGCUAUAUCUGG